GUUGCGGCCAAGGAAGCUCUCGAAGUAGACGUGUAUGGCCACAACGAGAAGCUUCAACAGUUCGAGGCUGAGGUGGCUGAGUUCCUCGGGAAAGAGGCUGGUCUUUUCUUCCCUACGGGCACCCUCGCGCAGCGGGCCACUCUUCAUGCUCAUUUUCAGCAGAUGGAGUCAGCAUCGGCGCGGCUGUUUCUGCAUCCAACCUCCCACCUGAUCCAUCACGACUGCCUUCGAGAUGGGCCUGCCCAGGCAGAGUUGGCGCGCGGAAAUGUAGAUAGGCUUCCGGCCUUCUCCGUGCAAGUGGUUGGUGACUUUGCACGGGCCGUACGACCCGGCGAUCUUCAAUCUCGACUUGGCCCGGGCGAUGUGGUUGUUGUCGAGAUUCCGCAGCGUAUGAAUGGAGGGCGUACGUGCUUCUGGGAUGACCUUAUAGAAGUUCGUCGCCUGGUCACAGAGGCAGGCGCGCGCCUGCACAUGGAUGGAGCCAGACUCUUUGAGGCCAUGCCUUUCUAUAGAAAGGAUAUCAAGGAAAUCUGUGCGCUCUUCGAUUCCGUGUACAUCUCCUGGUACAAGGGCUUUGGGGGCCUCUCAGGGGCCAUGCUCACAGCCCCGGCUGCUCUCACGAUGUUGGCGACAGACUGGCGAGCACGUUUGGGCGCCUCAAUGUUCAGCCUAGCUCCUCAGUGGCUGGAUGCAAGAGAGCAGUUCCGGAGCUAUCAGGGCUCUUUCCCGGAGCGCUUCGCUCGGCUGCAGGAACUUGUGGCGGCGUUCAAGGCGGACACUACCUUGGGCGCACUCCUGCGCUUUGAGCCGGCAGAGCCCGAAUCCUGCAUGAUCCACAUCUAUCUCCCAGGUACCGAUGACACACUUGAGGCUGCCCAUGAUGGCUUCUCGGCUCAACAUUGA